GGAAGAGGGUAUUUACUAUGGGCAGCUUGAUUUCAGAGAGCAAGGAGGUGAUGGAUGAAGAUGAUGGCAUCGACCAAGAAGACAGACAAGAACAUCCAAGAUUUCAACUAUUGUGACGUUUGCCGACGUCACCACUCGCAGGGAAGGAAACAUGUUUACUCCAGAACUCACAGGGACAAUAUCAACGCCAUCAUCAAUAAGUAUGGUAAGAAAGUCAAGAUAGCAAAACCAGUACUGAAGCAUCCCGUGGUGGAAAGUGGAGUCAACGAUGAAAACUUCUGGUGUUAUUUCUGUGGAUGUGAAGUGAAGAAACAUGACACGACCACAACAUCUACGAUGAAAUACGGAGGAUUCUUCCGCCAUCUAGCGAGCCAGGAACAUCGACAAAAGACGUUUUCUUACUGGUGGGACAACAGGAUAGAAAAAUCCCUGAAAAACAGCUUUUUGUUGACCCAAGAGGAUUAUGGGAAGUACAAAAAGAGGCUGGUUGAUGCUGUUGCAUUGUGGGAGGCUAGUCAACAGAAAAUUAGGAGUGAACCAGGCACAGCAAAAUCCUCUUCUGAUCAAAGCAGCCUAAGCGAAACCCCAGCAAACCUUGGCGAACCCCUGCCCUCAAGUAAUCUUAUUAGUAAUGCUCAGCAUCAAAAAGUACAAAAGGCCACCAGACAGGUCCAGGACUUGCAGAAGAAGACAAGUGUAAAGCCAAACACCAAAGCUAUGUAUACAAUAGAAGCCCACGGAGAAAACUUAACAUGUGUACAACUGCCUAAAGAGCUUGGAGCAUGUGGGAAUGUCCACACUGGUGCCACGCCACCUUGGCUAUGGAAAGACGAUGAUGUUACAGAUAUCGCAGGUGCUUCUUCUAGUAAACAGAUAGGUCCAACGGUAGAGGAUUUACAGAAACACAAGAAGCAGAAGACUUUACCUAAGGGUCGUGUCGGAGCAGACUUUGACCGUGGUUCGUCCAGCGCUGAUGGCGAGGAGUGGCUUCCGUCGUUCGGGCGGGUGUGGCAGGUCGGGAGGAGGUGGAAGCCAUGGCAGCAAAAAAGGAAAGGGAAGACGAAAGCAAGCGCUGCGCAGAGUCGACCUGAUUACAACUCAGAGGAAGUGAAUGGACCCUAGUCUGUUGCGAAGAAUAAUUCACUUAGUUAUUUCAGUUGAAAACUGUCACUGUAAGAUUAUGAUUCCUCAGUACAAGCCAGGAAUUGAGAGCUUGCAACAUACUAACAAGAGUAUGUCCAUUCUCAUGUUGCUGAUAUGCCUGUGUUAUCAACAGAAGUUUUGCUGUGAAUAAAACACUAGAGGUUUUUACUAGUAUUAAAAGUUGUGCUUUCUGGUGUUACAGUCAGCACUACAAUGCUAAAUUUUACAGAAUUGAUACAUUAGGCCAACUGAACUUG